UUUCCUAAACACAGCUCAGUCACUAAUAUCCGAGGCCAGAGCAGGGGAGAGGUGUGUGUUGGAUAUAACACCGGCUGGAAGGCGACCCCCUGAAACAGAAGAUAGCUGGACAUCGAUUUGACAUGAGCAGGGUGCCCUGACAUGGACAAAGAGAUGAUUCCCAAAUUUACGUCAAAGGAUGAGGAAGUUGAUUACUGGAAGUCCCAAGCCCUCAAAUAUAAGAAAAGUUGCUACGAUGCCCAGGAGGAGCUGCAGGAGUUCCAGGAGGGGAGCCGGGAGCUGGAGGCCGAGCUGGAGGCGCAGCUGAGUCAGGCCGAACACCGCCUUCGAGACCUCCAGAUCGAAAAUGAGAGACUGAAGAACGAGGUGGUCAACCUCAAGGAGAAGCUGGAGCAUCAGCAUGCGCAGAGUUAUAAGCAGGUUUCUAUGCUGGAGGACGACCUGGGCCAGACACGCAGCAUCAAAGAUCAGCUCAACAAAUACGUCCGAGAGCUGGAGCAGGCCAACGACGACCUGGAGAGAGCCAAGAGGUCAGACUACCUGAGACAGGAGCUGGCGGUACGGGAGCGGACCACCGACAGGAUGUCAGCACCCAGCUCCCCCACCUCUGACAUCGACAAGAUGGACUCAGCAGUUCCGGCCUCUUUAUCCCUCCCAGCCACACCCGUAGGAAAGAGCAUAGAGCACCCCUUCAUCACGCAAAAAGCACUGUCCAACGGCUGCAACGGCAACUCGUCCCUCACUCCUUCUGCUCGAAUCUCUGCUCUUAAUAUUGUUGGCGACCUUUUGAGGAAGGUUGGGGCUCUGGAGUCCAAAAUCGCUGCCUGCAGGAACUUUGCCAAAGACCAAGCAGCUAGAAAAAAUUAUUCCACAGACAACGGAAAACUCAUCAACAGCAAUGCCACAAAGUUCUCACACUCUCUUCACACGACCUACUUUGACAAAACGACUGUAAACGGGUUGGACCCCAGCUCCUUGACCUCCAUCGCCACAUCCAGAGCCGUGUCUCCACCAGCUCUGCUGCCUCUGAGUGUGUGAGGCGACCCCACACCACCUGAACCUCUACUGUCACUGUGGGAACCCAGAGGACACUUGAAUGACCUUUACAUUGUGUGCUAGGUGUGUGUAUGCGAGAGAAAGAGUUUGAAAGGAAACCGAUGCCGCGUGUGUUUGCCUGUUUGGGAUUGUGCAUUUUUUGAAGUGUGGAAGAGAGGCUGGACUUCACAAUGACCUUGCCUCCAGUUUGCAGCUCUGAAUGCAUCUGUGAGUAGGUGCACAGUCGUGUGUGCACGCGUUCCUACCACACACUUGCAUGUGCCUAAAGCUGUGCUUUACUGUGCUUGUAUGAAUGUCGUUACAAAUGUGUUGCUUUCUAGACAUCAACUCUGAAGUGGCACCGUUAUAUUCUUAGUUCCACUGUUCUUCUGAAACCUUGACAAACGGUCUCUACCAGACCAAAGCUUCCUCUUGACUUUUUUUCCUCCUGUAUUUUCACUCAACAUUGCACAGUUAAGCUAAUUUCAAUUUAGAAUGUAUUAUAUUUAAAAAGGGAGGUGUUCAUAUUAACUAAUUUAUCUCACAGUAUGCUUUAAAAUGCAAUGUUUUCUUGCAUGUGUGCAUUUGUAAUGUGGGGUCUGAGAGGUGUGGUCGGACCCCAUAUUCACGACUGAAGUGAAUGUUGAUCGUUCAAAGCCAUGUAGCCAUAGUGCAGUCGUUCCUCUUGUUACCGGCUACUUCCUGUGAUUAACCUGGAAGUAGUCGCCAUGUUGAAGCUUGGAGAAAGGUCAAACCUGCACUUAAACAAACUGCUCCUCAAAUGUUUCGCUGCAGUCGAGUGUUUUUUCCUCUGUGGACAUCUGUUGAACUUUCAAAGGAACAGUUUUUGCCUUUUUUAUGUUUUAUGUACACAUUUCUUUUUUUUUUAUCUUGUGACAGGCUCAUUUACCUCGUUCUGAUAUAAGGGAAAUUAUCCAGUAGGUGAAUUUGGCUCCAUAAAACUUAAACAAAGGAUACUCAUUUCAUUUUGGCUGGUGUAUGAUUUAUGGUCUAUAGUGGCCUUUGUGUCAUGCAGCAUAUUUAAUGAUUCUCUGUUAACUUUGUGACCUAAAUGUUUCUUUGACUUUUUCUUGGAUUUUAAGCAGGUUGCAUUUAACAAAUCAGUUUACAUGCCAAAACACAUUUCCCCUGAUAUCCCUUUCAUAAGUCUUUGGGUCUCCAUCUUGAAGAAUAAUUUAAAGUUCAGUAUUUGUUUUAUUUAAUAUGUCAUUUUGGGCACUCAAUGAGCCUGUUACUAACGUGUGUUCUUCAGUCAGUGUAUAUAGCUUGUAUGGAUGGUAAUUUGUACAUACUGACAUUUGGCAUUAAAAGCCCUAUUUAUUUCAGAUUCUGUAUGGCAUGUUCAGCUAAUGAAUGGUUAAAGCCAUUGUUCUAUGAUAUCAGAUUGUCAAAGUUGUUUAAGUAAAUAAAGAUUGAGAUGACAAAUAA